GAAGAGGUUCACACAAUUUUUUCUUCGUUUUAUUUUCUUCUUCUCCUGCUACUUCUUCUUGAAGUUCUUGCUUGUUUUUUUUUUGGCCAUACGUCAUUAAGAUGAUUAAACUUCCGCGUGACUAAGGGGGGGUAUGGCAGCGCGACGGCGUACCGCCGUUUCGCCCCAACGUCUUCGCCGCUUAAAAUUUCGUUCGCUAAAGUCGAUCCCGUAUUGUACUGCACUCGCCACGUAGGUUUCCUUAAACUCCUCCAUACUCCCUAAUUUAUUUUUCCCAAUUCCGACUCCAUUUAUCUGUCGGAGAUUUUAGGGUUUCGAUUUGGUUCUCCGUCCAGGACUGGAAAGUCUUCAAUUGAAUCGCUUGUGGAAAUAAGUAAUUUCUCUGUAAUCUGCCGAGCAUAUGAUUCAUAAAGAUGUGAAGUUGAUGAAUUGAAUAAUCGCGACACAGUUGAAUGUACUGAUGGUUUAGUAGAGCAUGGAUUUGGACCGGAUGGCAUAAGCACGGGAUUGAUGAGGAUGAAGAGGAAGGGAAGCGAAGUGGAUGUGUGCUUGAAGAGAGCGCCGUCACCCUGUGAUUCGCAGUCAUCGUUGUCGAAUAUUAGGGCUCAUUAUUCGUUAGAAGAUUAUGCGAGGUUGAAGAAGCGGUGUAGAGAUGGGGGUUGUGAUAAGCCCGUUGGUUCUUGUAAAAGUAGGCUUGAGGGCGUAGCAACGGCGCCACCUUGUGGAGUUUCAUCAUUGGUCCGUCCUGGAAGGGGCCUCAAGAGGAAGAUAGGGUGUAUUGAUGUCGCCACUAAAUUGGGCAGGAAAAAGAAGAUUGAAGAUGAUUAUGUUUCAGGCGCCACAAUUGGGCAUGGUAAAUUUGGGUCCGUUUCGAUUUGCCGGAGUAGGGUUAGUGGAGUGGAAUUUGCUUGUAAGACCUUGAAAAAGGCUGACGAGACGGUUCACAGAGAGGUGGAGAUAAUGCAGCAUUUGUCAGGUCAUCCAGGUGUCGUGACAUUGCAGGCAGUUUAUGAGGAUUCGGAGUGUUUUCAUCUUGUUAUGGAGUUGUGUUCUGGGGGACGUUUGGUUGAUCAGAUGGUUGACGAGUGGUACUCAGAGCACCGGGCAGCUAAUAUACUGAAGGAGUUGAUGGUGGUCAUAAAAUACUGUCAUGAUAUGGGGGUUGUACAUAGAGAUAUAAAGCCUGAAAAUAUUCUUCUUACAUCAUCUGGGAAAAUAAAGCUUGCAGAUUUUGGGUUGGCCAUGAGGGUGGCAGGAGGUCAGACAUUGACCGGUUUGGCUGGUAGUCCAGCUUAUGUUGCUCCAGAAGUUUUGAUAGGGAACUAUUCUGAGAAAGCGGAUAUAUGGAGUGUUGGUGUCCUCUUACAUGCUCUUUUGGUUGGUGUUCUUCCAUUUCAAGGAGAUUCUCUAGAGGCUUUGUUUGAGGCAAUAAAAAAUGUGAAGCUGGAUUUCCACACAGGGAAGUGGAAUGGCAUUUCUAAGCCUGCACGGAACCUAAUUGAGCGAAUGCUGACAAGGGAUGUUUCAGUCAGGAUUACAGUAGAUGAAGUAUUAGUGCAUCCAUGGAUUUUGUUCUACACAGAGCGAACACUGAAAAGGCUAUGCAUCAAGUCAAAGUCGAAGAGCCAGUCAGAAUUGGCUUCUGAUCAAAUUUCUGUGCGACCCAGAACGUAUUCUGGGGAAGAAAUGGACAAUGACUCAUUAAGCAAGGGUUCAACUCUAUCGCCUCUAUCCCAAAGCUUGGGAUGCAAGUCAAAGGAGCAGGAACAUGAUGACUCUGGACUGGUGGAUGCACUUGCAGUGGCAAUUUCACAGGUGAGGAUUUCAGAACCAAAGAGGAGCAGGCUGUGUGGACCGAGUGGACCAAUGCAAGAGCACCCUUCUUCCAAUUUGAAGGCCAAUGCUCUUUGUAAAGCAUUUUGAUCCUGCCCAAAUAACCAGCUGACUGACACAACCAGCAUAUAUCUCGUUGUUGUUACUGUUGUCCCCCCCCCCUAAGGCAGGGUGCACUUGACUACGGUGGAAUUAACCUGCUGAUUACUGUCAUUCCUACUGGAACAAAGUGUUUCCUUGGCCCUGGAUUUGUUCAUAUGGGAAGAUUGAAAUUUUAACUACACUUGAUUUUGACUUGGAAA